UAUGAUAUAUGGUAUUACCAGGUUUAAUUUGUGAACAAUUUGUGAAUUUUUCAUUUUAAAAUUAUUGCUGAAUUUGCUCCAGUAAUGAUACAAAGAUUUAUAUUGUCAAAUAUUUAAAUGAUGCUUGUGUGUUUUCCCACCGCAAAAUUUUUCUAGCCAAACUUCACGUUUUGAUGUACGCCUCUUACAACUUCCUUUUCCUACCACACGAAGGUGGCUGACUUUGUAAAAGCAGCGUUUCAGAGUCAGGGCUCACAUCAUUUUUAUCCGCACUGUGAUCAACAUGGCAGCAAAGAUUGUAUCUGAGGAGAACUGUGGCAUGAAAAAGAUGAAAGUGAGAUUCAGCCUGUCGAUUAUUAGUGAGGAUGAUUUGGAGAUGGAGGGGCACCAGGAACUGCCACAUCCACAACCAGAGUUGGAAGACGAGGACAUUGAGGACAGCUGUUUCUAUGAUGACGAUCAGAUGCUUGUUACCCUGGCAAACAUGAGCUUUAAUCUGGUUGUUGACCAAGACCCUGACACUGACAAACCUCUCUGCAGCAGUGAUUGCCAAUUUAAUGAAAUUGUGGUCAUGUCUGAGCAAGCUGAUCUUGCCUUUAUUUCUGCAAUUGGGAAAAUGAUUAAAGAACAAGACAAUUUGUACAUGAAGUCAAAACAAAAAUGCAAGUAUAUCACAUCUGGACAGAAUCAGAUACGUUUGGAGGACACUAUGUCAGCAAAAAUCACCAUCUUCCAAUGCAUGGCCACCAAAGACACAAAAUCAGGUGUUCCUGUUGUGCUGAACUUCACUGGCACAGAUAACUUCUUCUGCUGCACCAGCGAAGGAGGAGAAAUUAUUUUAAAAGUUAAUAGGUAUGACAAAACAAAGCUGCACAUCCCUGGAGAUGAUCAAGAAAAAUUAGCCCAUGUUUUCUACAUGUCUCAAACCCCGGAUAGUCACCGGCAUUUUGAGUCAGCGCUCCACAGAGGAUGGUUCAUUCACACUGUUGGCGGUAAUGCUGUGAAAAUGCAACGAGGCAAACUUACAUCCAGCGACUGCUUUGUCUUAAUUGAGACUGAUGCCACAAAAACCAUUCAAUAUUAAAAUUAUAUUGUAGUACUACAGCACAGGGUAUGUUUUUAUGGUAUUUAAUAAAAAAAGAAAAGAAAAAGAAAAAGAAGAAAUAAUUUACUUUAACCAUAUAUUUAUAAUAUUAAUCUCUAUUUACAUCUGUCUGUAUAAACUACUAGCAAGUUAAGUCAUCUUGUUGGUUACAGUUAAUUUAUCAUUUGUCAUAUUAUCAUGUGUUCAUGUAUCUUUUUACACUUUAACAUCAGGCAUUCAAAUAAACAUUUGUGAACACACCAGCAACAAAGAGAUCCAUUCUUUGUAUUACAAAAUAAAAGUCCAAAUGCA